GCCCCUCCUGCGGAGAAGUGGGGGAAACCCAUCUUUUAAAGAUACCUGCAGAAAGACUGUUUGCCUUGUGAGUCACCAAGGGCCGGGAGCAAAAUGCCUCUGGUCCGAUCCCUUUCGGUCACGUCUCUCAACGGUCUCCCUCAAUGGGACAGUGAGGAUCUACCGGUGGAAGACCUUCUGCUGUUUGAAGUCUCCUGGGAAGUCACCAAUAAAGUUGGUGGCAUCUGUACAGUGAUCCAGACAAAAGCCAAAAUCACUUUAGAUGAAUGGGGGGAAAAUUACUUUCUCAUUGGCCCUUAUUUUGAGCACAAUGUAAAGAUGCAAGUGGAAGUCUGUGAGCCCCCCAAUGCAGCAGUGAAGAAAGCUAUGGAUGUGAUGAAAGCCGAUGGGUAUCAGGUCUAUUUUGGUAGAUGGCUGAUUGAAGGAAGCCCAUAUGUGGUAUUGUUUGAUAUAGCAUCAGCAGCUUGGAAUCUGGACAGAUGGAAAGGGGAAUUCUGGGAAGCCAGCCGUAUUGGAGUUCCUUACCAUGACAGAGAAGCAAAUGAUGCUCUCAUCUUUGGAUCGCUAACUGCCUGGUUUUUGAAAGAGCUUGCGGGUCAGUUUGAGGAGAAGCCCAACGUCAUAGCUCACUUCCAUGAAUGGCAAGCAGGCCCGGGCCUCAUCCUGUGCCGAUUCAGGAAGAUUCCAGUUGCAACCAUUUUCACAACUCAUGCCACACUGUUGGGAAGGUACCUCUGUGCAGCAAGCAUAGACUUCUACAAUCAUUUGGAUCAGUUCGAUAUAGACAAAGAAGCAGGGGAAAGACAGAUAUACCACAGAUACUGCAUGGAACGGGCAUCAGUGCAUUGCGCGCAUGUCUUUACCACGGUCUCUCAGAUAACUGCCAUAGAAGCAGAGCACAUGCUGAAGAGAGCAACUGAUGUUAUCACUCCCAAUGGCCUCAACAUCAAGAAAUUCUCAGCUAUGCAUGAAUUCCAGAAUUUGCACGCCACCUAUAAAGCUAGGAUCCAAGAAUUCGUUCGAGGUCAUUUCUAUGGCCAUCUUGAUUUCAACCUUGAAAGGACCUUGUUUUUCUUCAUUGCUGGGAGAUACGAGUUUUCAAACAAAGGAGCUGACAUGUUUUUAGAGGCCUUAUCAAGAUUAAAUUUCCUACUAAGGGUGCACAGAAGCGAUGUCACAGUUGUUGUAUUCUUUAUAAUGCCAGCAAAUACCAACAAUUUCAACGUGGAGACGCUGAAAGGCCAAGCAGUCCGGAAACAGCUCUGGGACACCGCACAUUCAGUGAAGGAAAAAUUUGGUAAGAAACUCUAUGAAGCACUGCUAAGAGGAGAAAUCCCUGAUAUGAACAAGAUCAUAGACCGUGAUGACCUAACUAUUAUGAAGCGAGCCAUCUAUUCCACCCAGCGGCAGAGCCUCCCACCGGUGACAACGCACAACAUGAUUGAUGACUCCGGCGAUCCAAUCCUGAGCACCAUUAGACGUAUUGGUUUGUUCAAUAAUCGAACUGAUCGAGUGAAGGUCAUCCUGCAUCCUGAAUUUCUUUCUUCAACUAGUCCAUUAUUACCGAUGGACUAUGAAGAGUUUGUCAGAGGUUGCCAUCUUGGGGUCUUCCCAUCAUAUUAUGAACCCUGGGGAUAUACUCCAGCUGAAUGCACCGUCAUGGGAAUCCCCAGUGUUACCACAAACCUGUCUGGAUUCGGCUGUUUCAUGCAGGAGCAUGUAGCUGACCCGGCUGCUUAUGGCAUUUACAUUGUGGACCGGCGAUUCCGUUCUCCGGAUGAGUCUUGCAAUCAGCUGACUCAGUUCUUGUACGGAUUCUGCCAACAGUCACGACGGCAGAGAAUUGUCCAGAGAAACCGAACAGAAAGGCUUUCAGAUCUGCUGGACUGGAGAUAUUUAGGGCGAUAUUAUAUGCAUGCCAGACACUUAGCUCUGAGUCGGACAUUUCCUGAACAAUUUGAGAUGGAACCAAAUGCUCCACCCAAGACUGAAGGUUUUCGAUAUCCCCGUCCUUCAUCUGUUCCUCCCUCACCUUCCGUUUCUCAGCACAACAGCCCUCACCAAAGCGAUGAGGAAGUUGAAGAUGAUGAAAGAUAUGAUGAGGAGGAAGAGGCUGAGAGGGAUAGGCAAAACAUAAAGUCUCCCUUCUCCUUUGGUGCUAUGCCGAGGGGGAAGAAGAAACAGCAUGGGGAAUACAGGAACUAAUCCACCUUUUCUUUCUUCGUGGCCUUGAAUGGAUGCUGCUUUCUCAGAUAUAUGCAUGUCAACCUCAAGGCCAGAUGGCUAUACUGGGCAGAAAAGAAGUGUCAGUGAAUGCUACGUGAACCAAAUAUCUGAAAUAGUUUGAAUUCCCACUUUUCCCUACUGUCAGUAAUCCUGAUAGCAUCUUUUUUUCUUUCCCUGCCCUCUUCAGAGUUGGAAGAAACGUAGAAGACGGUAUUAAAGAUUAGGGUUGCAUCUUG